AUGCUGUCAAACCCACUUCACACUCGACAACGACAACACCGACGACAAAAUUCGACACCAACGGCAUUCGAGCCAGUGAAGGCAAGCAACCUGCCUAAUAUCCAAAGACAUGGUCAUAAACGUGGCAUGAGCCUGGAUCAACGACGACGACAAACACCCCCGCAGGAGCGUACGGUAAGUAACACUAACCAAGGAUAUCAAACGACACAACAGCAUAUAUUGCGAGAAACGCAGCAGCAGAGACUGGUACGCCCGGGCCAGCAAUUCAACUUUGACAAUGACGAGAACUACCUAAGUUCACCAGCCGUCACUCCACAACGACAAUUAUUUGAUGCUGGAUGUAUGAAUUACGGGGAACGUGGAGCCAAUUCCCCGUAUUCCUCCUACUCCGGACCACUCAAUACGAUAAUAAACGUCGACCCUAGCAACUUCAAUGGGACCAACGACUUCAGUCUAUUCUCACCUGGAGCUUUAACUCCUUCAGCCUUUUUAGACUUUUCUACUAGCUUGGAAAAUCUCAAUGACACUUCCAACGGCCAAGAUGAAAGCAGAAGAUCUUCGAACGCGAGAAGGAUAAGUGGUGGUAUCGUUGGUAGAGUUGCUCAAUUUGAGAACCUAGCUAUGCAGUCACUACAACGACCAAUUACACCACCAAACCAGAAUUUAUCCAACUAUUUUCCACCUACUCCGAUGGACACACCUCAUGAACGGAUGAUCAAGCAAGAGCAAAUGAACCAUAGAUUUCUGGAUUCUUAUGAUACAUCUAUGGAGGAGACAUUAAAACCUAAAGGCAACCGAAGAGCUCGAGCCGUAUUCGAGGAUAUGAGAAAGGAAACAGAGACAAACCCCAUUCCGAGCCCGCCUCGUACUGAACCAAUGCCGACAGCAAACACCUUCGACUCUGCUCCCAUGCCGACUGCUAACUUCAUGAGCAUGUCAAAUCUCAAUGUGGAAUUCUUGAAGAACGAACAACAGCUUGACGAUAUCCAAUUUUCACCAACCUCCGCGGAUCUGUCUCCCACUAUGUCGUACCCUUCGUCUCCAGAAGUUUCUCACAUGCCACUGUUACAUGACCCAUUUCAGAACAAACCUAGAUUAGAUUGCUCUUCAGUGUACCCAGAGCCGCCAGAAGCACAUGGUCCUCUGGCCAGUUCCCCUGCUUCAAGUUCGCCGCAUCGACGAUCAGAAUCCGUUUCCAGCAUGAACAUUGAAGAGACUAUCACCGAUACCGGCAUAACCAUCGACCACAUCGCAACUUACAUUCAAGGGCCAGACCCGAGGGAUGGGAAAUGGGUUUGUCUUUUUCCGCAAUGCAAAAAGCGAUUCGGCCGGAAAGAGAAUAUCAAGUCACAUGUCCAAACUCAUCUUGGAGACAGACAAUUCCAAUGCCCACAUUGCAGAAAGUGCUUUGUUCGUCAGCACGACCUCAAACGACAUGCGAAAAUUCACAGCGGCGUAAAGCCAUAUCCCUGCCAAUGUGGAAACAGUUUUGCCCGUCAUGAUGCUCUUACUCGCCAUCGACAACGUGGGAUGUGCAUUGGUGCGUUCGAAGGAGUAGUCAAGAAGACUGUUAAGCGUGGAAGACCUCGCAAGAAUCGCCCAGACAACGAAGAACGAGUCAAGAAAUCAUCUCGCACUCGAAGCAAGAACAAAGCCAUGUCCUCUGCGUCAUCCACCACCGAAUACUCGGACAGCAACGGUGGCAACUCCCCGCGUAGUGAUAAUGAUAUUCUCGACGACAAGCCAUUUUCCGAUUACGAAUACACUCAAAGCUCUUCAGUCAUGCCAACCAGCAGUUUUGAUUACUCUCAAGUACAAUCCCCCGUAGGAGAUUGUGUUUCCCCUCAGGCAAUGCAGAACACACCUUCUCCAGCCGCAUUUAGUAGCCACUCACAAUUCUCCCACCGAGGCCCGAUAUCUGAGAAUAUUUCUUCGCCGCCUCAUUCUCCUGCAAAGAGCAUUCACAGCGUGCACAGCUAUCACUCUCCCCCUGGUCUCUGCGAGUCGUCAUCUUCCCCCGCUCCCAGCAACCAUUAUUAUGACCUCGACAACGUUUCCAAUCAUGGUGACGGGUUGACUGACGGGAUGAGUCUGGCUAACAUUUCUGAGCAUGACGACGAGAUGUUCCUCCAGGCAUUCGCAGCAUCAAGUGCAAACGGGAUGACACAGCUUGAGAGGGAUCCAGAUUUGCUGAUGGGAAAGCUCGAGGAUGCGUUUGGCGGUGCAGUGAAUGAGGACCUCUUCAAAGAUGACGGGGACCUGUUCUCCUUUGGGAGUCCCUGA